GCUAGGGCCCGGUUGCGGGCGGCGGGCGAGCGCUGGGGCGGCGUCAUGUCCUCCGAGGUGGCCGCGCGCCGCGACGCCAAGAAGCUGGUGCGCUCCCCCAGCGGCCUGCGUAUGGUGCCAGAGCACCGCGCCUUCGGCAGCCCCUUCGGCCUGGAGGAGCCGCAGUGGGUCCCGGACAAGGAGUGCCCGAGGUGCAUGCAGUGCGACACCAAGUUUGACUUUCUCACCAGGAAGCACCACUGUCGCCGGUGUGGGAAGUGCUUCUGCGACAAGUGCUGCAGCCAGAAGGUGGCGCUGCGGCGCAUGUGCUUCGUGGACCCCGUGCGGCAGUGCGCCGAGUGCGCCCUGGUGUCCCACCGGGAGGCCGAGUUCUACGACAAGCAGCUCAAGCUGCUCCUGAGCGGAGCCACCUUCCUCGUAACUUUUGGAAACUCAGAGAAGUCAGACACGAUGGUCUGUCGUCUUUCCAGCAACCAGAGGUACCUGCUUCUGGACGGGGACAGUCGCCACGAGGUCGAGGUCACGCGCAUUGCCGCCGUGCAGAUGCUCACGGAAGGCUUCCCUCCUGGAGGAGGCAACGCGCGGGCCACAGGCAUGACCCUGCAGUACACGGCGCCAGGGGCGGAGGGCGUGACGCAGCUGAAGCUGACGGCCGGGGAGGACGCAAACGGCAGCAGAAGGCAGGCGACAGCAUGGCUGGCGGCCAUGCACAAGGCUGCCAAGCUUCUCUACGAAUCUCGGGACCAGUAACGCCACGCGGGCUGGACAGUCCGCUAGGGGCAGCAGCACCUGCUCGCCGAGCACGCACAGGCGCGACUAACCCUACACGUGCUGGAAACGCAACUCGAGUACUCGGAGCUUACCUAGUGCAAUAUGUACACAGUUGACUAAUGUGCAGAACACCUCGUGCUUUAGAAUUUGUCUCUUAUCGAUGCCUAAUUGGGGGUGGGAGAGACUGAGCUACACUACUGCUAAACUCUUUUUAGCAUAAUCUAUACCAUGUUUUUAUGAGUGCCCAAGUUUACUAGAUGGUUCUGGCCCCGUGAUGUUCGUUCCAUUAAUUCUUCCACAGAAGUGACCUGGGCAGUGGUAACUCGGCCUGAUUUGUAGGAGCAUCUCACAGACUGCCCGUUCAUGUGUCACUCAUCUGGGGCUAUGAACAAACCUUUGCUACUUCACAGGGGAAGGAACAAGAUUUGUGUUUUGUACUUUUCACUAUUUCCCUUUAUUAAAAUAAUUGUACAACAAUUUGUAUAUAAAGCUUACGAUUAAAACGUAUUUUGAAAAUAUG